GAUUGUUGUCUCAGCAAACUUGUAAGACGGAGAUCAUGGCAAGUGGCAUACAUGCAUGGAAAUGGUGCUCAUGAACUGAAGCCUUAACUUAUCUUCUCUGAUUUCUCCGUUAGAAACUAACAAAGCCUCAAAUUAAAGAUGGAACAAGCGCCACAGAGAUAUGCAGUUGUGACGGGAGCAAAUAAAGGAAUUGGAAUAGAAAUAGUAAGGCAAUUAGCUUCAAAUGGAGUGAAGGUUGUGUUGACUUCAAGAGAUGAGAAGAGAGGCCUUCAUGCAUUGGAAACUCUCAAAGAUCUCUCUCAUCUUGUGCUCUUUCACCACCUUGAUGUUGCUGAUCCUGCUAGUGUGGAUUCUCUUGCAAAUUUCAUCAAAUCCGAAUUUGGAAAACUCCACAUUUUGAUCAACAAUGCAGGGAUUGGUGGACUUGUGAUUAAGGACAAUGAUUUGGUCCCUCAAGUGUUAUUCAAAAGCAGGGAAUUAUCAGAUGAUGUAAUAGAGAAAGCCGGAAUCGUUCAAACAUUCGAGCUAGCUGAGGAAUGCUUGCAAAUAAAUUAUUAUGGUGCUAAAAGAACAUCUGAAGCCCUUCUCCCUCUUCUCCAAUUAUCUGAAUCACCAAGAAUUGUGAAUGUAUCAUCCUCCCUAGGAAAGUUAAAGUGUGUAUCAAAUGAAUGGGCUAAAGGAAUCUUGGGUGAUGCUGAAAACCUUACAGAAGAGAGAGUUGAUGAAGUGUUGAAUGAAUUUCUGAAAGAUAUCAAAGAAGGGUGUUUGGAAAGAAAAGGAUGGCCUAAGGUUCUUGGUGCCUAUAUUAUCUCAAAAGCUGCAAUGAAUGCAUAUACAAGAAUUGUUGCUAAAAAGUACCCUACUAUAUGCAUCAACAGUGUGUGUCCUGGUUAUGUUAAAACUGAUAUAACUGCCAAUACUGGAUUUUUAACGGCAGAAGAAGGUGCUGCUACUGUUGUCAAAAUAGCAUUGCUUUCAAAUGCCUCUUCUGGCCUUUUCUAUUCUCAGAAUGAAGUUUCUUCAUUCUAAUCCAAUUGAGUUGGGUUAUGUAUGCAUUCUCAUUUUCUUGUACCAUUGAAUAUGGGGUAUGACAUCCAAAUCUACAAACAUAAGUCUCGU